GUCGCCUGCUACCAUCCUGCUACCGUUACGUACCUUUCUUUGUAGCCAUGUUGUUAUCAAAAAGUGAGGUUUGAAAGAAAAUAUUAAUCGAAAUAUUGUUACAUAGAACGGUGGAAAAUGGCCUUCGGUCUGCAUAGACUUCUGCGUCAGUUGCAAAUAAGUACGAAAAGGACCAUUUCGUCGCAAAGUUAUACGGCUAAACCGUCUUCGGAUGUUUUUAAUAGUUUAGUCGUUUCAUUGAGCACCAGACACAACAACAAAGUCUUGUGCCUCAGCUCUAACAUCAAUUUUACUCCACGCAGUCUAGAUUUGGAUUCCAAUGUUACGACUAAUGGCAUAAACAUUUCUAAAAUAAUAAAAUGCCCUUUACUGACAAACCUGAAAAUAAUAGAACCGCCUAAAAGUGUUAGCGUGGACAAUGUUGAAGAGUUUCCAACAUCAUCUGUCCAGCUUCCACCUACAAAAGAACAUGUAUUAGAAAAACAGGCGGCAAGAUUGAUAGUAAUUAGAAGAAAAAAAAUGAAAAAACACAAGUUGAGGAAGCUACGGAAGAAGAUGAAAUUUGAAUGGGCUAAAGUGAGACAGAAGCGAGAAAUGCGGAAGGAAAAGGCCUUCCAGGCUGAACUUCUGGCUCAAAUUGCUGAGGCUGAGCAAUUUGAUGCAGCAAAAUAUGUAAUGGAAAAACUUGAAAAAGCAAAAGAAAGACCGGUUCAAAAACAACAGAGAAGAGUGUUUCCGCUAAGAUUCCCGAAUGAGCAACCAAUUAGGCCCGAGCAAUUAGGACCAGUUACAAAAUAAUAGUAAUGUCGAGCAAAUAUAUCCUGUAAAUGUAUUGUACAGGAAAAAUAAAAAGGGAUGGUUCCAACGAAA